CGCGGUUUCCCUUUGAGCCGGAACAGGAUGACUACGGCAAUGACUCGAGCAGCAGAUCGAACCAAUUAGCGGCCGAGAUCGAACCGUUGGCGUUCGAAAUCAACCAAUGAUAGGCUUGCUCCGGGGCUUCCUCUCCGCCUCCUCCGCUAGCCUGGGAGUGCUCGGAGAGAAGCGGGUUGUUGGUGGCCGGUUCGGAAACGUUGCUUGGGCGAACACGAGAUGACGGGUUCGAACGAGUUCAAGCUGAACCAGCCACCCGAGGAUGGCAUCUCCUCGGUCAAGUUCAGCCCCAACACCUCCCAAUUCCUCCUGGUCUCCUCCUGGGAUACAUCUGUGCGCCUCUACGAUGUGCCCGCCAACUCCAUGCGACUCAAGUACCAGCACACUGGUGCUGUCCUGGACUGCGCCUUCUACGAUCCAACGCAUGCCUGGAGUGGAGGAUUAGAUCACCAACUGAAAAUGCAUGAUUUGAACACUGAUCAAGAAAAUCUUGUCGGAACCCAUGAUGCCCCUAUCAGAUGUGUGGAAUACUGUCCGGAAGUGAAUGUGAUGGUUACUGGAAGUUGGGAUCAGACAGUUAAACUGUGGGAUCCCAGAACUCCUUGUAAUGCUGGGACCUUCUCUCAGCCGGAAAAGGUGUACACCCUGUCAGUGUCCGGGGACAGACUGAUUGUGGGUACAGCAGGCCGCCGAGUGCUGGUGUGGGACUUGAGGAAUAUGGGCUAUGUGCAGCAGCGCAGGGAAUCCAGCCUGAAGUACCAGACUCGCUGUAUCCGUGCCUUCCCAAACAAGCAGGGUUAUGUGUUGAGCUCCAUUGAAGGCCGAGUGGCGGUGGAAUACUUGGACCCAAGCCCCGAGGUUCAGAAGAAGAAGUACGCUUUCAAGUGUCACCGGCUAAAAGAAAACAACAUUGAGCAGAUUUACCCAGUCAACGCCAUUUCCUUUCACAAUAUCCACAAUACGUUUGCCACAGGUGGUUCUGAUGGAUUUGUAAAUAUUUGGGACCCGUUUAACAAAAAGCGACUCUGUCAGUUCCACCGCUACCCUACUAGCAUUGCGUCUCUUGCCUUCAGUAAUGACGGAACUACGCUCGCAAUAGCGUCGUCAUAUAUGUAUGAAAUGGACGACACGGAGCACCCUGAAGAUGGUAUCUUCAUUCGCCAAGUGACAGAUGCAGAAACAAAGCCCAAGUGAGUAUGCUUCACCUGGAUUGAAGCCUUUUC